AUGGAGGACCGGAAUUACGUCAGAGACAGGAAGUUUGGCAAACGCCUGAGAUAUGAUGAUGAGGCUACUUAUGCCAGCGACCUGCACCUCGGGGACGCGAGUAGCAAAGACCUGGCCAUCCCGUCGUCGUGUCAGACAGGAGAAGUAGACUGGCACUACCCGACGGGGACUCUCACCAUCCGGGCAUCUAAAGCAAGCAUUAAGAGCUUUGAUCUGUGUAUCGGGGAGUCCUGGUCUACCGACAUUAAGUCUCUCUAUGACGUCACGGCUGGUCAUCACAAGAACAUAAGUGUUCCAACAACAGGUAAACCCUCCUGUGCCCGUAGUGUGAGCGGUGACGUGGAGAUUCUGGCUCACGCCAUAGACACGCAGCUGUACAUGACCACUUUCACCUUCGAGUUCCACGAUGUCCACAACAAAUAGACUGACCAUUUUUCUUUCUUUCAUGCUUUAUCUAUACAGUGAAACCUCUAUAUAACGACAUCGUCGGGACCAGAAAAAAUGUCGUUAUAGAGAAGCAACCAAAAUAUUACAUGUUUUAUUAACGACAUAAAAAAAAAAUCGGGACCUGGGCACCAUGUCACUAUAUAGAGGAUGUUGUUAUAGAGAGGCUGCACUGUAUGUACACGUAUUAAUUAUUGAUAGAUUGGUAUUAAAUAAUAUUAAAAUUGCAAUGCAUUUUUCUGAACUCA